GCGCUGGCCGUAGAUCUGCGUGCUGUGCGCCACAGCGGCGGGGGAUGACCGACGCGGCAGCAGAGGAAGUCUCUCCUCCAUCGGCUCGAGGAAUUGUUGCAACUGGUGUGAGUUUGAAUUGUUAGUGCUGCAAGCUCGACAUCAUCAUGAAUGGACAACUUGGAGAAUGUAAGGAUCGGAUUGAAGAGGGCAGCAUAAACAAGUCGCCUGCCUUAUCAAGCUUUCAACGGUUGCCAUAACUCAUGCCAAUUGUAUGCUGUCAACGUGAUUUAUCGCCUUGUGCAGUGUAUUUGACUGUUAGCCACAAGCAGAUACGUGAAGAGCAUUUCGCACGGGUCGAAGUGGUCGAGUUACAGCCAGCUAAGCUGAUCAAGAUCUCAUUGAAGUUGUCCAAAAGGCACUCUAACGCUGUAAAAGCCAUUUUGCUCGCUAUCCGUACCUGCUCCAACGUGUAAAGAAGAUCCUUCACAAGAACGAGCCAUCAAGUGUGAAUGCGUUCAUUGCUAUUGGCACUGCGAGUCUCGCGGUCUGCGCAGCUCCAACUGUUGGGCUCUAUUCGCGGCAUGAAGGUGUACACUAAGACAGGUGACAAGGGCACGUCCCAGCUCUUCUCGGGCGAGCGUCGUCCCAAAAACGACGCCGUGUUCCAGGCGCUGGGGGACACGGACGAGCUCAACGCUCAUAUCGGCGUGGCCGUGGAGCAGGCGCGCGUGGUCGCCAACGUUUACCUGCCGCCCAAGCUAGAGCAGAUUCAGAGUCGCCUCUUCGACCUCGGCGCUUGUGUAGCCACGCCACUGACCUCGGCGUCGGAGACUAAGCAGCGCCGCACUGGCGUGUUCGACGAGGCCAACGUGACGCAACUGGAGCACUGGAUCGACGAGAUGGACACCGAGCUACCGCCGAUUAAGUGUUUCAUCCUGCCGUCUGGGGGUGGUCUCACCUCCACACACCUUCACGUGGCUCGAGCCGUCUGCCGCAGAGCUGAGCGCAGCGUUGUGCCGCUCGUGGCAGCAGGCGACGUGGACGGCGUUGUACAGAGAUACCUCAACCGUUUGAGCGACUUCCUAUUCGUGUCUGCGCGCUACGCAGCCGUCAAGGAAGACAAGGAGGAGACAAAGUGGGUCAAUCAGAACAUCAAACCCGAGAAGAAGGACGACAACGAGUAAGAAGAGAGCGACGGUAUUUCUGAGAUGCAUUUUGUAAAAAAAAAAAGCAAAAUCCAACUAUGCAAGCUUUCGGAGUUGCGUUUAGGUCGAGCAGCUGUCUUCUCCUUGUGCUGGAGCUUGCGGUUGGUCGCUUGAGCGAAUCCGCGUCCAUCAACUCGUUCUUGAAUGCUGUUCUCUCUGUACUACUAUCCCAAUCCUCCACACCUGCAGUAUCGAUCAAAUAGCCCACCGACCUACCGUCGAGUGUUUGCAGCUUCCGUUGAAAAUCUCCGGCGUGGUUGUAUGGGUUCAAGUGCUUACCCGUCGCUGCAUCUUGCGGACUCGGUGCUGCGUCCAUGAAGUCGAU